AUGACACGGGCCAAACGCUUCACUCUCUACACAACCAUAUUAAGCGUAAUCUACGCACUUGUAUUUUUCAAACUCGUAUCCGUUCCUCUCAUCGAAGAGGAAACGGUUGGUCAAAUCUGGCCGGUUCUGCCCUGGUGGUGCCUAGUCACAUUUGGUUCAUACUCUUUGUGGUCGCUGGGAUGGGGUCUAUUCACAUUUAGAGACUGUCAGGAUGCCUAUGAAGAGCUGAUGACCGUAUGUAUCUCUUCCGUCUCACAAUCUAUCAGGAUUCACGCUAACGAUUUGGUGUUAACACAGGAAAUUAGCAUGGCCAAGUCGGAUCUCCGUGCAAGGGGAGUUACUAUCGACUGA